AUCCAUUUCCCUAACUCACCUCCAUUUCACAUCUCCUCGAGUCUUGCCCACUAUAUAAACCUACCUCAAGAAUCCCUUCCCCACCAAGAUUUCAAGAAAAAAGGAGGAAAAAGAGCUUAGUUUCAAACCCAGAAGCUGCCUGUCACAGAGAGAGAAGAGGGAGAGAGAGAAAGCAUCAAGAAUGGCGGACAUAGCGAUCCUGGUGGCGGAGGAGUACGAGAGGAGGACCAAGAAUUACCCGAGGACGAAGCUGAAGGCCGACGAAGGCGGCGUCGGUGGUGAUCGGUUUGAAGGUCUGAGCCUGAGGCUGGUCUCUUCUUCUGUGUCCUCGUUUUCGGAGCGAGUGAAGAACAAGAUGGUGGGAGAGGAAAAGAAGCUGGAGAUGGUGAAGUGGGUGCUGGAGCCCAAGUGCCCCUUGAGUCUCGCAGCCUCUGAUGGGCUCUUCUCUGCCUGAGCCUUCCACCUCUCGUUUGAAUUUGUACGUUGUCGAUCAACUAAAGAUUGUAAAUUAACUCUAAUUCGAGAGGAACUGUUUAUAUUUGAGCUCCAUUUCCCAGGAACUAAUUGAUGUUCUUCUCUUUUCGUAUUUUUCUUUUGCCUUGUCUGUAAUUUCGAAGUAUGUAAAGAUUUUCAUAUUUUUUUUUCAGUCCGAAUUGGUUCCACUCUA